AAAACGCCGAAGCAAUAAAAAAAGAAGAAGAAGAACAGCUGCAGAAGCAUCACAAGGGGACGGAAUUGCAAGCGUUGUUGCCAUAAGAAGGCGUUGGAUACACACAACGAGGAAAGCUGUCUAAAGCCAAAGGAGAGGAAAGCAAAAAACCAAGAGUUGGGCGAAGUAAAGGCGAAAAAUAAAAUCAAUUAUUUUAGUUGCGCCAGUUUUGUUCCCGCUUUUAUCUUGAACACCGGCGGUGGUAGCAUAUACACCGACAGCUUCCUUUCAAACCGGCGUUGCAGCAUUGAUUUUUCGCAGACGGAAAUUAUUUUCAUUUUGGAAACGUGUUGAGACUUUUUUAUCGUUAAACUGUUUUGACGCCUUAAGUGUUGCAAUAUGGGUGCCUACCUAUCCGAACCGAAAACAGACAAGGUGUCUUCGGACGAGUCAAAUGAUAUAUUGACAGUGGGAGCUAGCUCGAUGCAAGGUUGGCGCAAUAAUCAAGAGGAUGCUCAUAAUUCCAUUUUAAAUUUCGAUAAAAUUACCUCAUUCUUUGCUGUUUACGAUGGACAUGGAGGGGCGGAAGUGGCCACAUAUUGUGCAGAUAAGCUACCGCAAUUUCUCAAAGAUUUAAAAUCUUACAAAGAAGGCGAAUUUGAAAAGGCUUUAAAGGAGGCUUUUUUGGGCUUUGACAAAACACUAUUAGAGCCGCAGGUAGUGGAGAUAUUAAAAGUGCUUGCCGGAGAAAUGGGCUUUGACGGAGAUGAUAGUGAUGCACAUGAAGAUGAUGAAGAUUUUGAAGACUUGGCUGAAUUACACGAGGAAAGUCACUUACCAUUAGAUGAAGUAUUGGAAAAAUAUAAAGGUGGACCAUCCAUGCCCUCUCUGAAAAGGGUAAAAGAUGGGGUAUGUGGAGCAAAACCGCUAUCACCGUUUUUACGCGGCAGGCGCGCAGCAUUCGUAAUAGCCGAUGCCACAAAUAAAGCAGUUUUAGAUCCAGAAUCUAAGCCGCAGGGUUCUUCUACUUCUGCCGCCGCAGCUGCCGCAGUUUUAUCUGAUGAAGCUGGUUCGAGUUCUUCACAUAAACCUUGUGGAUCUGCUUCUUCGAAGCUUGUUUCCAUCAAUUCAGAGUCAGGUCCGAGUUCUUCAUGCAGUGGCAAUGUAGCAAAAAUGGAUACCGAUGAACCGGAAGAAGACUCUACAGUUAGCAGCAGCAGUUCUAGUGCAAGCAAACCCAGUAAUAAUAAUACGGUUACUGAAAUAGAAGUUAACAAAACUGAAGGCGAGAUUGAGAAAGUUUCAGCAAACGGUUCGAUAGCCUCUGCGGGUACUGCUACGGCAUCAUCGUCGGCAGCCAAUAUUGACGUUUGUCCUGACUCUUCUCACACUAAAGAGGUUGAGCAAAAUGGCAGUGUAUCGUCGUCGGAAAAAAAAUCAAUAAAAAAGCAAAAUUCUCCUGUUGCUGAUAUGGACACUACGGUUUCCGGUUCAAAUGAUGCUGCCAAGCGAAUACAAAAUGGUACCAUCGGUAGUACUUCGUCAUCUGCAGGAAACAAACAAGCAGCCGGCAGCACUACAAUUACAUCCACCAGCAAGGAAUCCAAAAAGUUGAAGAAAACUGAUAUUAGUGGGGAAGAUGAAUCUACUGAUGAUGAUGCUGACUAUGAAGAAAUUGCAGAAGAAGGUGAUCCUAGACAUGGCUUGCCUUACUCUUCAGAAGACGAAGAAAUAGAAGAAGCUGAGAACUCGAGUGUAUAUUCAUCAGAUGAAGAAAUCGAAGAAGAAGAAGCAGAAGAAGAUGAGGAAAGCGCCCUUGCCAAUGAGCAGUUCUGUGCAGAUAUGAUUGAGGAACCUGGCAAAGAUAGUGGCUGCACUGCUGUGGUUGCACUAUUGAACGGCCGUGAUCUAUUUGUAGCAAAUGCGGGUGAUUCCCGUUGUGUAGUUUGCCGCAAUGGCAAGGCAAUUGACAUGAGUUUGGAUCACAAGCCUGAAGAUGAAGAAGAAUCAGCUCGUAUCGUUAAAGCGGGGGGUCGUGUUACUUUAGAUGGACGUGUUAAUGGUGGCUUGAAUCUUUCGCGAGCCAUUGGGGACCACGCCUACAAAAUGAAUUUGGAACUUCCCGCUGAAGAACAAAUGAUAUCGGCUUUGCCAGAUGUGCGAAAACUUAUUAUAACACCAGAGGACGAGUUCAUGGUGUUGGCUUGUGAUGGCAUUUGGAACUACCUCUCUAGUGAGGAAGUGGUUGAUUUUAUACGCCAACGUUUGAAGGACGAUACUAAAAAGAUUUCUCAGAUAUGUGAGGAGCUUUUUGAUACUUGUUUGGCCCCUAAUACCAUUGGUGAUGGCACGGGCUGUGACAAUAUGACAGCAGUCAUUGUACGUUUUGAAUCUAAAAUUUUGGACAUGCCAACUAAAAUUAAUCCCGAAGAGAUAGUGCUUAUCAAGGAUGUUGUCGCUAAAACCUCUCCCACCGGUGGUAGUGCUCAACAAAAGGAACAACAAUGUCUUAAACGUGCGGCUUCUCCCACAUCCGAUGAAAACUCCAACGAAGCCGAAAAUGCCAACAAAACCAAACGCUUGAAGACUGACGAGGAAACUUCCUCAACAACCAAUACAAAAAGCCAAGCUCCAGUUGAAACAUCCACAUCUAGGAACAGUAAUACCGAUGCAGCCAGUAGCAGCACAUCAGAGGCUGCGGCAGCAGUUGCAAGCAUUACAGGGCAAAAGGGUUGCGAUAGCAACACCGCUGCAAGCAACAAUGAAGAAGUGGAUGCUGACAAUAUUGCGGUGUCCUCGACGUAAAUUUCAGUCUUGCGUUUGAGCAUACACAUAUGAAAUUUGUUAAUAACAAAAAGCGGUAAAAAUUUGGGUUUGUGGAUUCCAAAUUUCGGUUAGCUCCAAUUAUUAAUAUAAAAAAGGAGUAUAUGUUUUAUUUUUAAGAAAAUCACAUAACCUCGUCUACAAGAGAGUUUUUAUUUUUCACAAUGGCUAAUAUUAAGAUUUUAAAACGAUUCAAACAAGAAUUAAUACCAAGUUCACAGUGAAUGAGUGUAAUGCCUUUUGUACGAAAAUUUGACCCAAACCAAUAACAUAAAACCUCCGGUAGUUUUCUAUCCACAAAAC